AUGUCGAAGGCUGAUAAAGUGUACCCUCACUACCCGGACAUCCCGACGACGUCGAUUUCGGACGUCCACCCUUCCCUGGAUGGAAACCCCGACGAGAUCAGCAUUUAUGAGUUUUUCCAAAAAGAGAAGCAGUUGCCGGGCGUGGAGGACACUAAAAAACGUCAGACCUUGACGCGAAGAGCUCUAAUGGAAGCGCGACGCUCCUAUUUCGAAUUUAUGAGCCGCGUUGAGUGCGGCUUUUACGUGAUCGGCCUAUUGCUGCUGCUGUUUUCGAUUGGCCUCGUCGGCCUGGCAGUGCACAUGUGUUUUUACGGCCCGGAAAGUCGU